CAGGUGACAGGACACGGACACGCAUCGCGCAGUGAAUCUCCCAAGUGAAUCUCCCCAGUGAAACCCAAGUUUCUAUCUGUAAAAAGAAAACAAUAACUAUAUCGAACAAAGGCCCCAAUAUGGUCAUGCUGCAAUCGCCAGCGCAAAAGGCCAGUGAGAGUGCAUCGGCCCAGCCAGCCGCCGCCGUCGGUGGUUUGAUGAGUCCCAACUCGAAUCCUGAUUCACCCAAAUCCAACACCUCACCGGAGGUGGCCAGGGUCGAGGCUUCGGUAACACCGCCGGCCGCCAAGAUACCCAAGUUCAUCAUCAGUGCCAGUGGAGCCGCGGUGGCGGGAAAACAGGAGCAGGAGCUGAGGUACUCCCUGGAGCGUCUCAAGCAGAUGAGCAGCGAGUCGGGCAGCCUGCUGAGUCGCCUGAGUCCCUCGCAGGAGGAUACCCCCGAAAAGGAUAGGCCCAAUCACAAUAACAACAUCAGUUUGACCAACCACAACACGAAUCCGAUUCCCAGCAAUCCACGACGUUCGCAAUCUCCUCCUGCUUCCGGAGGCAGCUCUGGCAGCUUCACCUCACCUGCCCAGCAGCGCAAGCUCCUGGAACUUAGUGCCGUGAGACACUUGGCACGACCGGAACCUCUCCAGCAUCCACAUGCGGCCCUGCUGCAGCAGCAUCCACACCUGCUCCAGAAUCCACAGUUCCUGGCCGCCGCCCAGCAGCACAUGCAUCAUCAUCAUCACCAGCAUCAGCAUCAUCAGUUGCAGCCGCAUCACCCACACCAGCAGGGGCAUCCUCACCCACAUCCUCAUCCACAUCCACAUCAACAUCCACAUCCUGCUGCAGCGGUAUUUCAUCUGAGGGCGCCCAGUAGCAGCACCACCAGUAGCACCACAGCCCCGCCCUCGCCAGCGACUUCGCCUCUCUCACCGCCCACCUCACCGGCCACGCAUUCCGACCAGCAGAUGAGCUCCCCCAUAGCACCAUCGUCUCAGAACGUCCCGGCACAUUCCUCCCAGGCAGCGCCAUCUGAUAUGGAUUUGGAGCGGAUUAAGCUGGUGGCUGCGGUGGCGGCUCGCACCAAUCAGGGCCAAGGUCAGGCUCAAGCUCCCAGCACUUCCGCCGCCGCCUCUGCCUCUGCCACUGCCUCCGCUUCCGUUUCCGCUUCCAUCUCCAAUGCCAGCACCUCCAUCUCCAACUCAAGUUCCGGCUCACCCAGUGGCCGGGAUCUCAGUGACUAUGGCUUCCGAAUACAGCUUGGCGGUCUGGCUGCCGCGGCGGCUGCUGCGGCGGCCACUUCGCGGCAAAUCGCAGCUGCUAAUUAUGCGCGGAGUGACACCAGCGAGGAGCUGAAUGUCGAUGGAAAUGAUGAGGAUAGCAACGAUGGAUCUCACAGUGCGCCGUCGGUAUGCCCUGUGGAUCUGACAAGAUCGGUGAAUAAUGGCGCCACGGUAAAUCCAAACUCCGCCUCGACAAGUGCUUCUAGUGAUCGUGAUGCUGCCACAAAGCGUUUGGCUUUCUCCGUGGAAAACAUCCUGGAUCCAAACAAGUUCACUGGCAACAAGCUGCCCACAGGUCCAUUUGGACAUCCUCGGCAGUGGAGCUAUGAUAGGGAUGAGGAAAUGCAGGAGCGAUUGGAUGACGAUCAGAGUGAGGAUAUGUCUGCUCAGGAUCUGAACGACAUGGAUCAGGAUGAUAUGUGUGACGAUGGCAGUGAUAUUGACGAUCCCAGCAGUGAGACGGAUUCAAAGAAGGGCGGCAGCCGGAAUGGAGAUGGAAAGUCCGGUGGAAGUGGUGGCGGCGGUGGCUCAAAGCCAAGGAGAGCUCGGACUGCCUUCACCUACGAACAGUUGGUUUCGCUGGAGAACAAGUUCAAGACCACUCGCUAUUUGAGCGUCUGUGAGCGGCUGAACCUGGCUUUAAGCUUGAGUCUAACGGAAACACAGGUGAAAAUUUGGUUUCAAAAUCGCCGAACCAAGUGGAAGAAGCAGAACCCCGGCAUGGAUGUGAAUAGUCCUACCAUUCCACCGCCUGCAGGUGGCUCCUUCGGGCCGGGUGCCUAUGCCAGCAGCUUGCUCUAUCCCCACGCUGUGCCCUAUCCUCCAUACGGACCCUACUUCCAUCCCCUGGGCGCCCAUCAUCUCAGCCAUUCGCACUCAUAA